GGCGGACGGGCCUCUCUCUCUUUGACCUCACCUCUGGCGCUUCCCCUGCCCCUGCUGCUGAUGCUGACGCCACUGUUCGCUCCCAAUGGGCCACGCGCGAUGCUGCUGCACGUCUUGCUGUGCGUCGCCACCUCCCUACCUCCGAGCGUGCGCACUUUAGUCAGUACAAGAGUGCUCAGACCUUGUACGCCGCUGUAGUCGCGCGCUACUCCUCCCCUUCCACUGCUGCACUGAGCCGUCUCAUGCUGCCGUACCUCUUCCCUGACCUUGCUUCUUUUCCCACCGUUGCUGACCUCAUUACGCACCUCCGCACUAGUGACACUCGCUACCGCGCUGCACUUCCUGCUGACUUCUGCACCGCGAACCCCCCCCCCAUGUACAUCACUCUGUACUUCCUAGUCACUCGCCUCCCUGACUCCCUUCGAGUAGUCAGGGACCACUUUCUCUCAGUCUGUCCCACCACACUCACUGUAGACCUCCUCGAGAAGGCCCUCCUCGCGAUAGAAAAGAGCAUAGUCGCUGUAGGAGCCUCUCGAGGUGACCCGCGCACCCCCAUCUUUGAGGGGUGUUCUCCCUCCCCCCUGCUGCCCUCUGUUGCCUCUGCUGCUUCGGCCGACCUCCUUGGUCUUGAGUCGGUCGGUGCGGCGUCUGCCCCUAGCGGGAGACGCCGCCCUGGCAAGGGCAAGGGGGGCAAGGGAGCUGGAGGAGCGGGCGGUGGAGGUGGAGGUGGAGGCAGUGGGGGGAGUGGGGGUAGCGGUGGAGGUGGAAGUGGGGGUGGGGGGUUCGGUGGCGGCAGUGGAGGCGGAGGCCGCGGCGGCGGUGGCGGUGGUAGCGGAGGUGGCGGAGGAGGCGGCGGUGGAGGAGGCGGUGGAGGCGGCGGCGGCAGUGGAGGCAGCGGAGGCGGUGGAGGCGGUGGGGGUGGCGGUGGAGCUGGUCGCGGGUCUUUGCAGAGGAGUGGCUCCGGUGGUGGCUCGCGCCAGCAGCAGCAGCGUGGUCGUGCGACCCUGUCCCCUCAGCAGCUCCGUGAGUGGUACACUGCACGCCAGCGGGGUGGGGGUUUUGGUCCGUGUACCUACGUCCUGCGCACCGGCGACCGUGCGGGUGAGCAGUGUGGGGGUGCGCACCCCACUCCGCGCUGCUUUGGCCGCCUGACGGACGCAUGGCGUCACCAGUUCCCGGAGGCCUCCGAGAUCCCUCGCUGGGACGAGCUGUUUAGGGCGGGGGUUGCCAUCUUUGAUCUGGACUUUGAUGCUAUUCUCUCUGCCAUGUAUGCUGUGUCUCUAAGUGAUGAGGGUGACUGUUACCGGUGUUUCCAGCCCGAUCCGGGCAUUGAGACUGCUGCUCUAGGUACUGGUGAGGCUGCUGCCCUAGGUGCUUACGACGCUGCUGCUCUAGGUGCUGGUGUGUCUGCGUCCUCAGGUACUGGUGAGUCUGCUCUCUCAGGUACCGCGUCGGCUUCGGCCUCCCUCACCUUCACUCUUGACUCUGGGGCGUCUCGCUCCUUCUUUCGGGACCGCACCACACUCACGCCGCUUAGUCGGCCGGUUGCGGUGUCUCUGGCUGACCCCUCUGGGGGUCCGGUCCUGUCUCGUUUCUCCACAGUCCUCCCGUGUCCGGCGGCUCCCUCUGGCACCCUGUCUGGUCUCUACCUCCCCUCGUUCUCGACGAACCUGGUGAGUGGUGCUGACCUACAGGAUGCGGGUGUCCACCAGUUCACUCCUGCACGUCAGCGAGUGACCCACUGUACAGAGGCUGGCACAGGCCGACACCUGGCUACGUUCACCCGUCAGCCGGGGUCGAGCCUGUACACUCUGACCACUGCGUCUCCUCCAGUUGCUGAGUCUGGUAGGGUAGUUACGUCGGGUCAGGUGUUUGCUGCGGCGUCCAGGUCUGGUCCUGAGUCUGCCCCCUGUUCGUGUCGUCUCCUGUCUCACGAGACUCUCCUCUGGCACCACCGCCUUGGCCACCCCUCUCUGCUUCGGCUCAGAGGUAUGGCCUCCCGUCUUCUUGUGUCCGGUCUCCCCCGGUCCCUCCCUCCCCUUCCUCAGGGCCCUGGCCCUGCCUGUGUCCCCUGUGUUGAGGGGCGCCAGCGUGCUGCCCCUCACUCCUCCCAGUUUCCUUCGACAGAGGCCCCGUUGCAGACACUUCACAUGGACGUGUGGGGCCCAGCCCGCGUCCGUGGACAGGGUCACGAGCGCUACUUCCUGCUCGUUGUUGACGACUACUCGCGUUACACCACAGUCUUCCCCUUGCGCAGCAAGGGUGAUGUCACUGAGGUGCUGAUCGACUGGAUCCGCGCAGCUCGUCUCCAGCUCAGGCAGAGCUUCGGCUCGGACUUUCCUGUUCUGCGUCUGCACUCGGACCGAGGCGGAGAGUUCUUCUCUGGCCUUCUGCGUGCCUACUGUCGUGCACGGGGCAUCCGUCAGACCUUCACGCUUCCGGACUCACCGCAGCAAAAUGGGAUUGCUGAGCGCCGCAUUGGCAUGGUCAUGGACGUCGCUCGUACGUCUAUGAUGCAUGCGGCUGCCCCCCAUUUUCUGUGGCCGUUUGCGGUGAGGUACGCGGCGCAUCAGAUCAACCUCCACCCCAGGGUCUCCAGGCCGGAGACCUCCCCAGCCUUGCUGUGGACGGGGAAGGUUGGCGAUGCGUCGGCGUUCCGGGACGUCACGUUUGACGAGUCGGUCCCCUACUACCGCCUCUUCCCCUACCGCACUCCGUCCCUCCCCCCACCCCCACUCUUCCUGGUACCAGGUCCCCCCCAGGUAGACCCCCUCCCCCCUCAGGGUCCUGCCCCUUCAGGUGUGUCCCAGGUAGACGCAGUCGAGCCUGUCGAGGUCACUGGUGACUCUGGUGCUGCUGAGGGUGCUGAGGCUGGGGGUGCUGUACCUGGGGGUGCGGAGCCUAGGGGUGCUGGGCCUGGGGGUGCUACGUCUGGGGGUGCUGAGCCUGGGGGUGCUGAGCCUGGGGGUGCUGAGCCUAGGGGUGCUGAGCCUGGGGGUGCUGAGCCUAGGGGUGCUACAUCUGGGGGUGCUGAGCCUAGGGGUGCUACGCCUGGGGGUGCUGAGCCUGGAGGUGCUCCGCCUGGCGGUUCUCCGAGUGCUUCGUCUCGCCGGGAGCCACUUUCUCCACAGGAGCUGCGUGAGUGGUUUGCCCGGCGCUGGAGGCGUGCUGCUGGUGCUGGAGGUCCUUCGGCUGCUGAGGGUGCUGCGGUCGCGGGUCCCGGAGGUGCUCGUCCUGGGUGCACUGGAGCUGGUGCUGCUGAGGGUGUUGGCGCUGAGACUACCGCUGGCAGUCCUACUGGGGGUGCUCCUGGUGCUACUGGAGGUUCUGGAGCUACUGGUGGUGCUGCUGGAGCGGGUGCUCCUGCUGAGGGUUCUGGUGCUGUCCCUGCUGCUUCUAGCGUCGCCGCGCGGCCUCGACCGUACUUCGUUCCACUCCUGCAGCAGGUUCUUGGUCUUCCACCUUCUACUGGUCCUCCUCCUCCCUUAGAGUGUCCACAGCCUGUCUCGUCCCAGCUACAGUUGCAGCCUACCUCCCCUUUGCCUGCUCCUUCUCCCUACACUGGUCCUACUGGAGGUCUGGCUGAGCGUCGUGAGCCUGCGUCUCGCCCUGCGUCGCCUGUCCGUGCUGCUCGCACUAGUGGUCGCGGUUCGCGUCAGCGUCCUCCUCCUGUCCCUGGCACGCACCGGAUGUCUCUGCGUCCGUCCACUGCUCCUCUGCGUGCCCCUUUGCCUUCUCCUCCUGAGUCCUCUCUUCCUGCUCUUCCCGACCCGGAGUCGGACUCUCUUCGUGCUGCCAGUCCUACUGUCACGCGUCUCCUUGCUACUGUUGUCACUGACCCUUCUUUCGAGUCUACUGCUGCGUCUGCUCUCGUUACUGAGCUCGUCGACUUUGCUGCUCGCUGUCGCUUAGACUACGCUGCUAGUCUUGUCGCUGAGUCUGAGUCUGUCUGUCCUCCGUCCGUCGGGGGUGAGUGUGCCCUUGGCACGGACGUCCUUGAGGACAGGCAGGAGGAGUUCCAGUGUCUGGCAGCUGCCUCACCUCAUCUCGUGUCCGUACUGCUUACCCCUGAGGGAGACCCGGAUGCACUUGACAUCCCGACUCCGCGCUCUUACGCGGAGGCGAUAGAGGGUCCCUACUCCUCUCAGUGGCAGGCAGCUAUGGAUGCAGAGAUGGCUUCCUGGAAGUCCACAGGCACCUACGUUGACGCUGUCCCCCCUCCUGGGGCGAACAUCGUCAGUGGCAUGUGGAUCUUCAGGGUGAAGCGGCCGCCGGGUUCUCCGCCUGUCUUCAAGGCGCGUUACGUGGCUCGUGGCUUCAGUCAGCGGCAGGGAGUUGACUACUUUCAGACCUUCUCCCCCACCCCGAAGAUGACCACUCUUCGGGUACUGCUGCACACUGCUGCUCACCGUGACUACGAGCUGCACUCUCUUGACUUCAGCACAGCUUUCUUGCAGGGCAGCCUGCACGAGGAGAUCUGGCUGCGUCGCCCACCUGGCUUCACUGGGUCUUUCCCUCCUGGUACCCAGUGGAGUCUCCGGCGUCCAGUCUACGGUCUCCGCCAGGCGCCACGUGAGUGGCACGACACACUGAGGACUACGCUUGCGGCUCUUGGGUUUGCUCCUUCUACUGCCGACCCGUCGCUGUUUCUACGCACCGACACCUCUCUGCCGCCGUUCUACAUCCUCGUGUACGUCGACGACUUGGUCUUUGCCACAGCUGACACUGCUGGACUCGCCUACGUGAAGUCCGAGCUGCAGAAGAGACACACGUGCACAGACCUGGGUGAACUGCGCAGCUACCUUGGCUUGCAGAUCACCCGGGACAGAGCACGCCGCACCAUUACCCUGACUCAGUCACACAUGGUGCAGCAGGUCCUUCAGCGCUUCGGCUUCACGUACUCCUCGCCUCAGGCCACUCCUCUGUCUACUCGCCACUCGCUCUCAGCUCUGCCUUCGGAUGAGUCCGUAGAGUCGAGUGGCCCGUACCCAGAGCUUGUUGGCUGCCUCAUGUACCUGAUGACCUGCACACGACCUGACCUUGCAUACCCUCUUAGCAUUCUUGCACGCUAUGUUGCUCCUGGGAGACACAGACCAGAGCACAUGGCUGCAGCGAAGAGGGUGUUGCGCUACUUGUGCAGUACGUCGGGCAUGGGGCUAGUGCUUGGAGGGCGGAGUCCAGUGGUCCUCACUGGGCACGCGGACGCUUCUUGGGCUGACGACCAGGCUACGCAGCGGUCGUCACAGGGUUACACCUUCAGCCUUGGUUCCGGCUCUGUUUCGUGGCGGGCUACUCGCUCGUCUUCUGUUCUUGGCUCGAGUUGUGAGGCUGAGAUCUACGCCGGGGCCAUGGCUGCACAGGAGCUUCGCUGGCUCACCUACCUGCUGACCGACCUUGGAGAGCCGCCUCGUUCUCCUCCAGUCCUGUACGUAGACAACAAGGCCAUGCUGGCCUUGUGUCGAGAGCAGUGA